AUGUCGGAUCCCUUUGCUCCAAAGCGUGAAUGUAUAAGUAUUCAUAUUGGUCAGGCCGGAGUUCAAAUGGGAAAUGCCUGCUGGGAACUGUAUUGUUUAGAACAUGGAAUACCGACAGACGGUGACAUGAAGAAAAAUAAUAGACUUCUAGUUCCUAAUGAUGAUUCAUGUGCAACAUUCUUUAGUGAAACCUUGAAUGGAAAAUAUGUUCCGCGAGCUGUUUUUAUCGAUUUGGAGCCAAGUGUCAUAGAUGAGAUUCGCACUGGGAUUUAUCGACAGUUAUUUCAUCCGGAUAACUUAAUUUCUGGUAAGGAGGAUGCUGCGAAUAAUUAUGCACGUGGUCACUAUACAAUUGGUAAGGAUAUCGUCGACAAAGUAUUGGAUACAAUACGUAAAUGCUCAGACCAAUGUAGUAGUUUACAAGGCUUUUUAAUAUUUCAUUCAUUUGGCGGAGGUACAGGAUCUGGAUUCACAUCAUUACUUAUGGAAAGGCUAAGUAAUGACUAUGGGAAAAAAACGAAAAUGGAGUUUUGUGUUUAUCCAGCACCACAAAUAUCUACGGCUGUUGUUGAACCGUAUAAUGCCUUGAUGAAUACACAUGUCACUUUAGAACAUUCGGACUGCACAUUUUUGGUGGAUAAUGAAGCUAUUUACGAUAUUUGUCGUCGAAAUCUUGGGAUUGAAAGACCGACAUACACAAAUUUAAAUCGACUUGUUGGACAAAUUGUUAGCUCAUUUACAGCAUCAUUACGCUUCGAAGGUGUAUUGAAUGUGGAUUUAGUUGAAUUUCAAACUAAUCUAGUCCCAUAUCCACGUAUUCAUUUCCCAUUGGUAACAUAUGCACCAAUGCUGUCGGCGGAUAAAGCAUAUCAUGAACAAAUUAGUGUAGGUGAAUUAACAAAUGCAUGUUUUGAACCAUCUAAUCAAUUGGUGAAAUGUGAUCCAAGACACGGGAAAUAUAUGGCAUGCUGUCUACUCUAUCGUGGUGAUGUUGUUCCAAAAGAUGUAAAUUUUGCUAUUAGUUUUAUUAAAUCAAAACGUACAAUACAAUUUGUUGAUUGGUGUCCCACUGGAUUUAAAGUUGGUAUAAAUUAUCAACCACCAACUGUUGUACCCAAUGGUGACCUAGCACAGGUCAACAGAGCUGCAUGUAUGCUAAGCAAUACUACAGCUGUUUCUGAAGCAUGGGCUAGACUUACUUAUAAAUUUGAUAUGAUGUAUUCCAAGCAUGCUUUUGUCCAUUGGUAUGUUGGUGAAGGAAUGGAAGAAGGCGAAUUCAGUGAAGCACGUGAAGAUUUAGCCUCUUUGGAAAAAGAUUAUGAAGAGGUCGGCGCUGAAACAGUUCAAGUGGAUGAUAGAGAAAUAGAUUAAUUAGUCGUAUUAUUUUAUCUUUUUAUUUAUGUAUUCAUUCACUUAUAAGACGAACCUUUAUUUCAAUAUUGUCUUUGAUUAUGUUAUAUUUAAACUAUUAUGCACUGAUAAACUUACAGCGCUAUAUAAAAUAAAGAAUAUUAUGUAUAUACAUCAUCCAAAAGUCUGUAUCACAUUAUAAGCAUGUGUUUCUUGUUUUUCUCCUAUUUAAAUGCAGUAAAAUACCUUAUCUUAUAAUUCUCUCUUUGUGUUUUACAUUAAAUCGUCUACAGAACGUAUAGUUAAUUUAUAUAUGUGUAAAACUUGG